UUGCGUGCUCUCGGGAGUUCUUGUGAUUGGUCGCGUGCCCGUUUCACCAUGGAUCCAUCCAUGUGUCGUGCGGUCACUGAGGCGUUUUGUCGUCUGCACGCCGAUGGUCUGAUUUAUCGUAGUCUUCGUCUGGUCAACUGGUCCUGUACGCUUCUUUCAGCCAUAUCGGACAUCGAGGUAGACAAAAUGGAAUUGUCCGGUCGCACACUGCUUUCCGUACCAGGCUAUGAUAAGCCUGUUGUGUUCGGGAUUCUUAGUGUUGAACUAGUCGUUGCUACUACCCGACUGGAAACCAUGCUAGGUGAUACUGGUGUAGCGGUACACCCAGAAGACCCUCGUUAUCAGCAUCUUAUUGGACGCCAAAUUCAACAUCCGCUGGUCCCCGACCGCGUAAUCCCAAUCGUGGGUGACUCGUUCGUUGAUCGUGAGUUCGGAACGGGUGCUGUCAAGCUAACCCCUGCGCAUGAUUAUACUGAUUGGGAGGCGGGACUACGGCACCAUCUACCUGCGAUUUCUGUCAUUGACGAAGCGGGCAACAUGACCUCAGCAGCCGGGCCACAAUUUGCAGGUAUGAAACGAUUUCACGCUCGUGUCCAAGUUCGGACCGCACUCGAAGCACUCGGACUAUUCCGUGGGGAGCAGGAUAAUCCCAUGGUCGUACCCGUAUGUUCGCGAAGCAAAGAUAUCAUCGAACCAUUGCUAAAACCCCAGUGGUACAUGCGCUGUCAAGAAAUGGCUGACCAGGCAAUCAAAGAAGUAGGUGCAUUGAUUAGUACAACGAUCCAAACCAAACGUAAUUAUUCAGUUUGUAAAACCAUUUUUAAACCACUUUCGUCCACCGAUUUUGGUUGCCCAUUUGGAUAA